UGGUGAAAGAGGUUGUAAGACAGGUGUGAUGUUUACUGAGUGGAACGCAAGUUCAUUUUCAGAUGGUGAGAUUGCUAGUUCUUCUAUAAUGUUGCACAGGAAGUACUUGGAGUUGAGUGAGAUUUUAUUAAUUGUCCAGAGUAAGGAGGCGUUGGUACUCGAGAAAGUUAGUGAGCAAGAGUUAUUGGAAGGUCGGCCUAAGGGACAACCGUGA